CGCUACAUGUGAGGCCAUUCCCAUUCCGCAGUCUUCAUACACGGUCCUGGUCUAUGCGGUCAUGCAUUCCCGUGCGACGGGUAAUGAAGAAAAUUUAUUUUUUCCGUGGCCAUUGAACCCACGAGUUACUUAAGAACGACUGAUUGGUUGACAACAAAAUUUCUUUCCCAAAGUGCACCCCCGCCGCGCCCUUUGUUCGUCGCUGGUUGUCUACCCAUGCUGCUACAGAGUUUUCUGUCCUUCAUAUGUCUAGGCAUUUUAUCAAGGAGGGCGUUGGCCGACACAACAUAUUUUCAGAGCAGUGAUUACUCGAGCGGCACAUUGGGUUCAGGACCUUACCAAACCUUUAAGUCGAGUUCUUCAACGCCUUCAGCAUGGAACUUCGUAGUUCCAUAUAAUGACAGUACAGCCGGACAAAUUGAGUCUGGUCUUGUCUUCAUUGCCCCAAGGGGCACGAACGUGAAUUCUCCGGGCGCGCUGAUUUAUGAUAAAAGUGGUAAUUUGAUAUGGGAUGGAACUCACUUUGGUCAAACUCUGACGUUCAAGGUUGCAACAUACAAGGGUGAACCGGUUAUUCUUCUGUGGACCGGAACAGUAGCUGGAGCAGGUGUAGGAUUUGGUUAUGACUUGAUAUUGAACAACAAGUAUGAGAUUAUUGCGAACUUUACUGCCGCAAAUCUCAAUGGUUCACUCGCUGACUUUCACGACAUUGAGAUGACGUCUAACGAUACGGCUUUGAUCACUGCCUACCAGCCCAAAACUUGGGAUCUCUCAGCGUUCAAUAUCACAGACGGAUGGUUACUAGAUAGCAUUGCGCAGGAGGUUGACCCUUCAACUGGGGAGGCAAUUUUUACUUGGGUCGCAAGUGACCACGUCGAUCCCGAUAGCUGCUACGCCAGUCCGGGAACGACAGGCACGUCUGCCGACAACCCAUGGGAUUACUUUCAUAUCAAUGCAGUCAACAAGGACGGUGCGGGUAAUUAUCUCAUCUCAAGUCGCCAUUGUCAUGCAAUCUACAAUGUCGCUUCUUCUGGGGACAUCAUUUGGACACUCGGAGGCCACAACUCAACAGUGACCAUGAAUGACGGAACCACGUUCGCUUGGCAGCACGACGUAAGAUGGCACAAUCAAGAGACUCAGAUGAGUUUAUUUGAUAACGAAGGAACUGCUUGGGAACUAGACAGCUCCAGCUCUCGUGGCCUUUUAUUAGACUUCGACGCCUCUAACAACUCAGUUUCAUUGAACAAGCAGUGGAUUCCAUAUAAUGUAACCGUAUCAGAAUCUCAAGGUAACGUUGGUAUACUGGAUUCGGGAAACACUCUAAUCGGCUGGGGACAAAUCCCAUAUUUCUCUGAGUACAAUGCAGAUGGUCAAUUCCUCUACGUUGUCCAGUUCGGAGUGGGAGAUGUACAGAGUUAUCGAGCUUACCAUUACAACUGGACUGCUACCCCUAAUACCCGGCCCUCCGUUUUCGUGGAAACCGAUGGUUCCAAUACCACUGUGUAUACUAGUUGGAACGGCGCUACGGAGGUCGACACCUGGCAACUGUCAGGAUCCACCGCAGACUCCCCACAACUCGCAGUCCCGAUUUCAAACACUUCCCGAAGCGGAUUCGAGACCGCAAUUAGUGUCACAGGCACCAGCACAAACUUCACGUACUUCCAGGUUGCUGCUUUGAAUUCGAAUAAAAAGAUCAUCGUCUAUUCCAAUUUCACUGCUUCAGACGGAUCGCAGCAAAAUCCUGCUGCCAAUCAGACCGUGGAUUCAUCCAACAGCUCUGGCUCUGAUAGCCCGUCUAGCGGCUCCACCCAAGUUACUGUGGGCAGCAGAAUGAUCACCUUCGUUCUCGUUACCCUACGGAUCCUCUUUACCCUUGUCUGAAACAGACUUUGAAACAGACUUCCAUUGAACAAUUGCACAAUCCUCCGAGUCAGCAUAAUAAUUCUCAUUGACAUUCUAUUAACCAAAUGAAAAUCACUUAUUCAUACUAUGUAUGUACUCAUACUUGUCUUU